AUGGAAGCGAUUGCAUCACCACUACUACCAGACGAUGUCAUAGAGGAGAUCUUCUUGAGACUUCGGGUGAAACAACUAACCCGACUCAAGUGUCUCUCAAAACAAUGGAAGUCGAGGAUCGAGUUUCGCUGUUUCGUCGUACGAUCCCAAAGGGACCGCCCUACACUCAUCUUGAUGAUGUGCAUCUUUAUCCUUUUAGGGUCUGACUGGUUUAACCGCUGCGGUUGCGGUUGCGGGAGUUUGCGGCUGCGGGAGUUUGCGGAAGCGGGAGUUUGCGAUUAA